AUGACUCGUGCCUCUGUUCUUGCUGACGCUCUUACUACCAUCAACAAUGCCGAGAAGGCUGGAAAGAGACAGGCUCUCUUGAGACCCUCUUCCAAGGUUAUCAUCAAGUUCCUUGAAGUUAUGCAGAAGCAUGGCUACAUUGGAGAGUUUGAGUAUGUCGAUGACCACCGCGCCGGCAAGAUUGUUGUUCAGCUGAAUGGUCGUCUCAACAAGGCUGGCGUUAUUUCUCCCCGCUUCAAUGUUCGCAUUGACGAAAUUGAACAAUGGGUCACUAACAUGUUACCUGCCAGACAGUUUGGUUACAUUAUCCUUACUACCUCUGCUGGUAUCAUGGACCACGAGGAGGCUAGAAGAAAGCACGUUGCCGGUAAGAUUCUGGGCUACUUUUACUAG